GAAGAAGUAGAUGACGCAGUUCCUCCCUUGGCUGUUGAGUUGGAGGACUGACUCAAGAGAAGUUGCAUCUCUGGGGAAGGAAGACAAGAGUGACGGAACCCAAGAUCGGCUUCCCAGGAAUCCUGAAGAGAAGAUGGAGACCAUCAUUCGGAUGACAGUCCUUUCCUGGAUCCUCCUGGGAGCAGAGGGCCUCCCUUCCCCAGUGCUGAAGGUGGAUCCGUUGUCCCGGAGGGUGAAGGAAGGUGACCCCUUGGUCUUCCUCUGCUCAACGGAAGGAGGCAACCCAGAGAAGAAGUUCCAUUUCUACAAGGAUGGGGUGGAGAUCACCUCCAGUGAAGAAGUUCUUCUGGAACCCUCCAGUGAACCCACAAAUCCUCUUCAAAGGGCCUCUCUGAGAAUCCCUCAUGCCUCGUUCAACCACAAUGGGGAAUUUGCUUGCAGUUAUGAAGAGAAGAGAAGCAACCGAUGGGUCACGUCUCCUUUGAGUCAGGGGACGAAUGUCACAGUUGAGAGAGUUGGUUACUCAAACCAAGAUUCAGAUCCUAUUUGGAGAUAUUCCUGGAUGGCGAUUCCUUUUAUAGUCCUUAUAAUCCUGCUGGUUUCAUUUGCCUUUUAUUGCUGGAAGAAGAAGAGCACAUCAGCAUCCCAGGAACAAUUUCAGCUCAUGGAAAAGAAAGAGGAAAGAAAUGAUCUUGCAGUGAUGGAGCCUCAAGCAGGAACGGCUUCUCCUUCCUCACCUGUCAAGGACUCUGAGGUCAUUUACAGAUGCAUCCGGGACUCCUUCACUUCGUCUCCUCCUGGAUCAACAAGGAAGAACCGUCUUACACAACGGGAAGAAGAGGGGAUAUUGUACAGUGACAUUGUGUUCCAACCCAAAAGGAGAAAGCAAAGUCAUCCCUGAUUGCAGCAAAAUGUGUUUCUCUUGGUCCUGUCUCUAUUUAGGCCUAGACAAGGACGUCACCCUUGAAGAGACGAUGAGGUGCAGCUAAGCUUCAACAUAUGGCAGAAGAGAAAACACAUCAAGUACGGAAAAAUCCUGGACGUAACAUUAUUCUAUGACUCUGUCAGGAAACUUCGCAGCUGGGGUCCAAAUGGAGUCAGAGACGCUGACAAAAACUUGUAUUUUUAUAUAAAUAAAUAUAUUUUACAACUACAGAUAGUAGUUGUCUUACAUCAGUUUGUUUAGUGACCGUUUGAAGUAA